AUGGCAGUUUCUUCUAAUAACAAGUCUCCUUCUCCACUCUCUAUAAGAUCCUUUCCACCUCAUUCAAGAACCUCCGAAAGCAACAAUUCUACACCCAGAAGAAGCUUCAACGACAACCCUUUUUCACGGCCUUCGAUUCUUGCAACGCACAGAGGAUUCAACCCCGUUACUCCUGCUAAUAGCCCUGCUGAUUCGACAAGAAUGGUGUCUAAUUCUGGGAAAGGAGAGUUGGGUUCUUCUUCUUUGUCAUGGGGUUUUGAUGAGAAGGAGAAUGAAUCCAAAGCGGCAAAACUGAAAUUACCGUCAAAGGGUUCCAAGAAUUUCAUAUCUCCGACGAUUUCAGCUUCUUCCAAGAUUGCUCAAUACCCGGAAAAAAAAAUCUUGGUGGAAAGAAAUGAUCUUGUAAGGACUUCAAUCACCUUAUCCGACGGUAAAGCUACGUUUUUUUCUGCAAAUUCUGAAGAACAUAAUCAAAAUUCUGAGAAGGUUAUGGAGCCUAAGGAGACUGUUCCUGUUGAUGGUCUUCCUCCGGUUACCAAAACCCCAAAAAGGGUCUCUCCUGCAAUAUCCUCACUAGUUAUUGAUCCCUCUCUACCUCCAUAUGACCCUAAAACCAAUUACCUUUCUCCAAGGCCUCAGUUUUGUCUCUACAAACCCAAGCUAGAUGACAGCUACUUAUUUAAGUUACUGUCUGAGAACCUUUUAGACAAAAAUGACAGUGAAAGUUCUUUAACUGAAGAUUUAUUGGAAGAGUCUGAUGGUUCUUCUUUAGAAGAGGCGUUUACUGAAGCAACGGUUGAUCAAGAAGAGGAACCUACAAUGCCUGUUGCUAAGCAAAUUAAUGAACCUGCACUACCUAUUGCUGAGGACAUAUCUGAGGCAAAAAUGAAAUCAAAAUCAAGAUCUUCAACAAUAUUGAGUAACUGA